UAGUACAAGCAUCGAUACAUGAAGUACAAGCAGGUUAUGCAUAUGACGAGUGCUUUUCAGAUUCUUGGUUAGGAAGAGUCUUUACGAAAGAUUCGUUUCGUACGCGACGCCCCGACUCCGACACCUUCUCCCACACACCUUCGAUUUCUCCCAAGCUUUUUACCCAAAAUUCACAAAAGAAAGAAAAUUAUAAAAAACAAAGACUUUCUCUCUCUAGAAUUAUUUAUAUGUAAAUUAUCUUGUAUUCCAAGUUUAUUCCUUUUUCUGAUUCUUCUCUAGAUCCUUUUAUUCUCGUUCAAACCGGAUCUCUCUAUGCGCCCAGACAAAAUCUUUCACAUUUAAUGCCCUUUUGAUACAGAAUUGAUCCAUCAAAACUCACUGAUUCAAAUGGUUUUUGAUAAUAAUUCGAGUGAUUUUGAAGAGAAAAUGCAAAGGUGUCGAGAGUAUAUGGAAGCUUUAGAAUCGGAACGAAGAAAGAUUCAGGUGUUUGAAAGGGAGCUUCCUCUUUGUCUAGAGCUUGUCACCCGAGCAAUUGAAGGAUGCAGACAGCAAAUGUCUGGAACGACGAAUGAUUACUUCAAUGGUCAAUCUGAGUGUUCUGAACAGACCUCAAGUGAAGGACCAGUUUUAGAAGAAUUUAUUCCCAUAAAGAGAACAUCAUCGGCAGAUGAAGAUGAUCAAGAACACCAACACCAACACCAAGAACCAAAUCAUAAACCCAUGAAUAUAUGCACCAAAGAUAAAUCAUCAUCGUCUUCCAAGAAAUCAGACUGGCUUAGAUCUGCUCAACUCUCGAUCCAAACCCCAGAUCCAGUGGAAUUAUCACCAAAAAGAGUGCCGGUUGUGGAGGUAAAAAGAAAUGGGUGUGGUGCUUUUCAUCCAUUCAAGAAAGAAAAGAACCCAGAGGCAGCUCCGGCGGCUGGAACUGCGAAAUUAUCAACUACGCCUGCCACAGAUCCCACGGCGGCUGCCAGUUCCACGGCGGAGACCGGCAGCGGUAGUGGUGGUUGUGGAGGAAGCAAGAGUGAAGAUAAAGGACAGUCAAAUAGGAAAGCAAGGAGAUGUUGGUCGCCGGAAUUGCACCGGCGGUUCCUUCAUGCUCUUCAACAACUAGGCGGUGCCCAUGUUGCUACACCGAAACAAAUAAGGGAAUUAAUGAAGGUUGAUGGGCUCACAAAUGAUGAAGUUAAAAGCCAUCUACAGAAAUAUCGUUUGCAUACAAGAAGGCCAAGCCCUACAAUCCACAACAACAACCCACAAACACCCCAAUUUGUGGUGGUCGGAGGAAUAUGGAUGCCGCCACCGGAAUACACCACCAUGGCAGCCACCUCCACCCCAACCUCCGGCGACACCAACAACUCGAAAGGAGUAUACGCCCCAAUCGCUUCUCAUCAGCCAUCUAUUGCAGAGGCAUCGGUUUCUUUAAACAAAAGCAAUUCCGGUGAAAAAGAUGGCGGACAUUUCCACCUGCAGGAAUCGCCGUCGACUUCCUCCUCCACUCACACCACCACUGCUUCACCCAUUUUUUAAGAUUCCGACAUGGUGUAGAAUAUUUUUGUAAGGAUGCGACUUCUGAUGUUUGAUUGAAUAGUGUAAAAGUAUAGGAAAAUGUAGAGGGGUAUUUUGGUCAAAUUUUACAAGUAAUGGGUGCAUAUCGCACGUCACAAUGGCUAUGUUCUAACCGUAUCGGUAAAUUGUGACUAUUAAAUGCUCAACCUUCUUACAA